UCAGUUUCUGUAAAAACAGAAAAUCAAGCAAAAUUAGCAGAAUUUCCGAAAAAUUCUGGUGAUUUUGUUUUUACGUGAGAGAAGAAGAACAGUCACGGACAAUCGGACAUAGUAAAAUUCGAAGAAAAUCAACGAAGUAUCUGAUACACACAGAGAAAUCAAUCCAAAUAAGUUGAAUCUUCCUGAUGAUUUUGUGUUUACCUUGAAAAGCAUUAGAGUAACGGACAAAAAUGAUUCAAUUUCUGCAUACACACAGAAGUAACGGUAAAAUUCAAAGAAAUCCGAUUCAGUUUCAGCAGAUACACAGAGAAAUCAGUCCAAAAUAAACUGAUUUUGUGUUUCUGAGAUUCGUGAAAUUUAGUGUGUGUUUGUGAAGAUGUCUUUUAUGAGGAGAGAAUUAGAGGAAGAGAGGAAUGGAAGAGAUUCAUCACCAAGAGAGUAUAAGAUGGAGGAUUUCAGAGAUAGUAUGAAAUCAUUGAGAAGUAGCAGUCGAUUGGCCAUGAUGGAGAACGAGCUAGCAACUGAUUCAACUAAUUCGAGGUUUAGCAGGGAAAACGUCAUCAAUGGCCUCAAAGGCCUUUCUCAAGGUUUCAUCGUUUAUCCAGAUGACAGGUGGUACAAGCUGUGGAAGAAGUUUAUCCUGAUUUGGGCUAUAUAUUCAACUUUUUUUACACCGAUGGAGUUUGCAUUCUUCAAGGGAUUGCCCAGGAAACUAUUUCUUUUAGACAUUUGUGGUCAAAUUGCGUUUCUUGUCGACAUAGUCAUACAAUUCUUUGUAGCCUACAGAGAUAGUCAGACAUACAAUAUGGUGUAUAGACGAACCCCUAUUGCUCUUCGGUACUUGAAAUCUCAUUUUAUCUGGGAUGUUCUCAGUUGCAUGCCAUGGGAUAACAUUUAUAAGGCUUCUGGCGGAAAAGAGGGAGUGAGAUACCUUUUAUGGAUUAGGUUGAGCAGGGUGCGCAGAGUUACUGACUUUUUCCAGAAGAUGGAGAAAGAUAUUCGGAUCAAUUAUCUCUUCACUAGGAUUGUAAAGCUUAUCACCGUUGAACUAUAUUGCACACAUACAGCAGCUUGCAUCUUUUACUUUUUGGCAACUACUCUGCCUAAAGAGAAAGAAGGCUACACAUGGAUUGGGAGUUUGACCCUGGGAGAUUACAGUUAUUCGAACUUUAGAGAGAUUGAUCUCUGGAGGCGGUACAUCACUUCUCUGUACUUUGCCAUUGUCACUAUGGCAACUGUGGGUUAUGGCGACAUACAUGCAGUCAAUCUGAGGGAAAUGAUAUUCGUAAUGGUUUAUGUCUCUUUUGAUAUGGUUCUUGGUGCUUACCUGAUCGGUAACAUGACAGCAUUGAUUGUCAAGGGAUCAAAAACCGUGCGAUACAGGGAUAAAAUGACAGAUCUUAUGAACUAUAUGAACAGAAAUAGACUCGGAAGGGAUAUUCGUAGUCAGAUUAAAGAUCACUUGCGAUUACAAUAUGAAAGCACUUACACUGAUGGAGCCGUUCUCCAGGACCUUCCCAUCUCAAUUCGUGCCAAGAUAUCCCAGACGUUAUAUCAGUCUUGCAUUGAGAAUAUUCCUCUUUUCAGGGACUGCUCCUCUGAAUUCAUAAGUCAAAUUGUAACUCGAGUGCGUGAAGAAUUUUUUCUUCCAGGAGAAGUGAUCAUGGAACAGGGACAUGCUGUGGACCAACUUUAUUUUGUCUGUCAUGGUGUCCUGGAGGAAAUUGGUAUAGGGGAAGAUGGCUCAGAAGAAAAAGUAGCACUUCUUGAGCCUAAUAGUUCCUUUGGAGAAAUAUCCAUUCUUUGCAACAUUCCGCAACCAUAUACUGUUCGUGUUUGGGAACUAUGCAGACUCAUACGGAUUGAUAAGCAGUCAUUUUCAAAUAUUUUGGAGAUCUAUUUUCAUGACGGGAGAAGAGUCUUGAUGAACUUACUAGAGGGAAAGGAUUCUGAUCUUCGUGUGAAGCAACUGGAGUCAGAUAUAGCAUUCCAUAUUGGGAAACAAGAGGCUGAACUUGCUUUGAAAUUGAAUAGUGCGGCUUAUUAUGGUGAUUUGCACCAGCUGAAGAGUCUGAUUCGAGCUGGAGCUGAUCCCAACAAGAAAGAUUAUGAUGGAAGAUCACCUCUGCAUCUUGCAGCAGCCAAAGGAUAUGAAGACAUUUCUUUUUUCCUUAUCCGAGAAGGUGUUGAUCUCAAUGCUUCAGACAACUUUGGAAACACCCCGCUCUUUGAAGCUAUCAAGAAUGGACACGAUCUUGUUGCUUCUUUACUUGUUAAGGAAGGUGCUUUCUUGAAGAUUGAAAAUGCCGGUAGCUUCUUGUGUACGUUGGUUACAAAAGGGGAUUCAGAUCUACUAAGAAGGCUGUUGUCCAAUGGUGUUGAUCCAAACUCCAAAGACUAUGAUCACCGAACACCACUCCAUAUAGCGGCUUCUCAAGGUUUACUCACGAUGGCGAGAUUGCUCCUGGGAGCUAGUGCUUCAGUUUUCUCUGAGGACAGAUGGGGAAAUACUCCAUUUGAUGAAGCUCGACUAAGUGGAAACAAUCAGUUGAUCAAGCUUCUGGAAGAAGCAAAAUCAGCUCAAAUAUCAGGAUUCCCUAGUGUUUCACACGAGAUCUCAGAAAAAAAACACCUGCGGAAGUGUACUAUAUUCCCUUUCCACCCAUGGGAGCCCAAGGACCUCAGGAAGCAUGGUGUUGUACUGUGGGUACCUAUGAGUAUGGAAGAGCUCAUUGCCUCAGCUUCGGAACAGCUGAACUUCCCAUCCGUCUCUUGUAUUUUAUCAGAAGAUGCAGUUAUGAGAAUGAAAAGGUCAUUUUCUUCUAUUCAACAUAAGUGGCCGAAUGAGAUCAUUUCCUCAUGAAGGUACAAUCUUAUGCUCUAAAUAUGGAAUCUGGUUUUUGGCAUUAUCACCAGAAAAUAUAAAAGCUAACCAGGAUUUGGUCCACAAACAUAACAACUCAUACUAAGUUACAUCAAACUGUUAGUUUAUAUCUGGAGAUGUCAUCUAAAACGAAUCGGUAAUAAAAAGAAAAAAACAUUAGUCCUGAAAGAAACCUCCUUUUUUACUUCUAACAAAGUAAUAUAGUAAGAGAAACAUCUAAUAUUGUCACCAAGAAUUCUUGAGUGGUUUCUCCAACAGUGCUGAAAGAUACAUCUCAUUCAGCUCGGGGCCUCUGUCCAAUUUUCGCCCAACGACCCACUUGACCUUAUUGAACCCAAUGCUCUCUAUAAGGGGAACAUAGAGUUGCGCAAAUUGCUCACCAACACAGAAGAAAUGGUCAAGCCAGAACAGCCCACCAGGCCGAAGCACUCUAUAGAUGUCGAAAAAUAAGAAGUGGAGCAGUGUUGUUGGUAUCCAAUUACUCAACACAUGCAUUGAGUGCACUAUAUCUAAUGUAUUGUCAAAGAAAGGAAGUCUCUGUGAAAUGCUUAUAUACAAAG